UGCUCGUGGACGGUGCUUUGAUCAGCAUCGCUAAAGCUCAGCUUUCAAGUCGCGGUCGUGAUUUGUGCCCACAACACACUCCACAAGAGUUUGCAGUUGAUGGAAAAUGUGACCGAGUGUGUUAUAACAUUUUGGCUGCUAUCGAAAUGUGCGUCACUUGUGGAAAGUCCGAGGAAUCUGGAGGCAGGAACUCUCUCCAGGCUGUGAGAAAAUCACCAGCUCAGGUCUAGAAAAUCAGUGCUUGCGUGCGGAUGAAAGACAGAAUCACCCGUGAGAAAACUCAACAAUAGAAGAUACAAAUUAAUUUGCAAUCAAAAUUGCAAUUCCGCGCAGCUUCGCGGUGUUCUUUGUUGAGAAAUACCUCAUAGUUGAAGUGCUUUUGGCGUGAUUUUGCUCAGUGAUCCGGUUUGCAGUUUGAAAGCCCUCAACAAUGGUUCAGGCUGUGGCUGCGAAGGCCCUGGCCCAAACUCUGGGGAAGCUUCCUGUGCGGUUGAAUGUGGCUGUGAUGCUCUUCUUCUCCUGCAUGAUAUCUUACAUGUACAGAGUGAACUUCUCCAUCACCGUACUCGCGAUGGUUAAUCCCAUUAACGCGAAUGCUUCAGCUCCGGAUUACGGCCCUCGGUAUGACUGGGACAAGCAGCAGCAGGGACUUCUGCUGGGAGCCUACUUUUGGGGAUACCUGAUCUCCGGACUGCCAGGAAUCGUGCUGAUAGAGCGCUUUGGCGGGAAAAUAGUCACAACAAUCAGCAUGGCUCUCAGCGUGAUCGUCACGGCAAUGGGGCCUCUCUUCGCCGCCUGGGGAUUCUACAGCAUGUAUGCCAAUAGAUUUAUAACAGGAUUUCUGGCGGGUCCAGUGUAUCCUGCUCUGCACAAUCUGGUGGCCAAGUGGGCACCCCCGGACGAGAAGGGCAAGUUCAUCUCCACCAUUAUGGGUGGCACUUUCGGCACGGUGAUCACUUUCCCGAUGGUGGGCGUUCUCAUUGAGAAUCUCGGCUGGUCUUUCGGCUUCUACGUUCCGGCGAUCAUAGGAUUCACUCUGUGCAUCAUGUGGCACCUGAUCGUGGCCGAUGGACCGAGCGAGCACUCGUGGAUUUCCCCAAAAGAGCAGGACUACAUCGAGAGAUCGCUGGGCAUGACUGUGGCGAAGAAGAAGCCUCCAGUACCACUGCUGAAGAUCAUGACGUCCAUUCCCUUCCUUUCGCUCGUCAUUCUCCACUUCGGCGGCACUUGGGGCCUCUUCUUUCUCAUGACGGCCGCACCAACGUUCAUGAGCGAAGUGCUUAACUUUAAAGUGGCCAAGGCGGGAUUCCUGUCCGCCCUGCCCUAUCUGGCGCGCCUCAUCUGCGGCAUAAUCUUCGGCCAAAUAGGCGACAUCGUAGCGAAAAGAGGCUGGCUCACGGUCACGUCAAUAAGGAAGCUCUUCACGAUUUUCUCCCACAUUUUUCCAGGGAUUUUUCUCAUCAUCCUCUGUUUCGUGUCUGAACCGUACGUUUCUGUUGCCAUCAUCUCAAUUUCUCUCUCCUUCAAUGGAGCUGCGUGCAUAACGAAUUUGCAGAAUUCGCACGAUUUGGCGCCAAAUUUCGCGGGAAUUUUAUACGGCAUCAUGAACUUCUUCGGCACAGCAACUGGCUUCCUAUCACCCAUGGUCGUGGCACAUUUCACGCAGUACGGCAGCACUAUGAAGGAGUGGUGCUACAUUUUCGUCACUGGCUCAACAAUUUACAUCAUUCCCGCGCUGCUCUACAUGAUUUUCGGCUCUGGCGUCAUUCAAUCCUGGAAUGAACCUGUGAAAUCUCAGGCGGAAAGUGGUCAGGAGAAGGCUGAGACCGAACUAGAGAAGAAGCCUUGACAAUCUCUUUGUGAUAAUUCCCCUGAAUUCCACGUGAAAUAAAUUAUAUGAAAAUAUCA